AGUUGAUUCUCUCGAUAAAGAAAAUAAUCUAUUUUAAUAAGAUAAAAACCACAAAAUGACCAAUGGUGUAGAUGAAGUUAUAUUAAAAUUAAUAGUCAGUGUUUCCAAUUCGAUAAAAUAUAUCCAACCUAAAAACAUUCCACAAUAUUGAGUGAGAACGUAAGCAAUUUAAAUCGUUAAGUUCUUUAAUAAAUAAGUGAAAUAAAUAACGUUUGUUAAAUAAAAUAAUCGUAGCUAGUCAUUACCUACUACUUUUGAUGUCAUGUCUUCGUAGUGAAUAAUUGAAAUAUGCUAUAAAAUUAUUUAUUAUUAUGUACGAAUAUUACGAAUUGGAAGACAGGAAAAUGAAGAGCACCCUUAAAGAUUGGCGCAAAGCGCUAAGAACACCAGCCACGUAUAGAGUGGGCAAUGCGGUACGAAUACAGCCACAAUUUGUUCUAUUAAUAAUACUUCUAGGUGUUUUUAUGUUAAUUCUUUUCUAUUAUAAUUGGUGGACAAGUAGCCAUUCACCAAAUGUACAUAAAUGGAUAAACAAUGUUAGACCAUACAACUCUACAUAUCCCCUAACACAACCUAUCGCCUCUGGUGAUCUAGUUGCAUUUAGAAUAGGUAUAGUAUCUGAUCUUGAUACUAACUCUAAGAGUUCUAUUAAACCACAUACAUACAACAGUUACCUGAAGAAAGGUUUCCUGAGCUAUCACAAGUCAAAAAACUAUGUUUCUGUAUCUUGGGAUCCAGUGGCUCCGCUACAAUUAUCCUCAACUUAUUCGCACAAAGGGAGAGGCAUGGAACUGUCAGAACUUAUUGUUUAUGAUGGCAGACUGCUUUCAUUUGAUGACAGAUCUGGGAUGGUAUUUGAAAUAAUCAACAACAGAGUUGUACCAUGGGUUGUACUAACAGAUGGAAAUGGUUAUGCUGAAAAGGGGUUCAAAUCUGAGUGGGCUACCAUCAAGGAUGAUAUAUUGUAUGUUGGAUCAAUGGGAAAAGAAUGGACUACAGCCAGUGGAGAAUUUUCCAGUUAUGAUCCUAUGUGGGUGAAAGCUAUAAACAUUCAUGGCGAGGUCCAACAUCUUAACUGGGUGCAUCAAUAUAAAGCUGUAAGAAGCGCUAUCGGAAUACAAUGGCCAGGAUACAUGAUACAUGAAUCUGGUGUAUGGUCCCCCAUCAAACGGAAGUGGCAUUUUCUACCAAGGAGAUGUAGUCAUGAGACCUACAAUGAGACCCUGGAUGAGAUCAGGGGUUGUAAUUAUCUCAUAACAGCAGACAAUGACUUUCAACAUAUACAAGCUUAUGAGAUCACAAAGCACCAACCAAAACAUGGUUUCUCUUCAUUCAAGUUCAUUCCUGGAUCGAACGAUGAUGCCAUUGUUGCAUUGAAAACUACAGAAUUUGAAGGCAAAACUGCCACAUACAUUACUGCAUUUAGAACGGAUGGUACAAUCUACAAUGUCAUUGAGGAUGUACAGCAUUUGUUGAUGAAAUGUGCCAAAAACAAAAAUGAAAGAGAGUUAUUGCUGGCGGAAUUUGGACUUGAUACUCUCGAUAUUGGAUUAGUGCAAGCAGCGGUGAAAGCGUUAGGAAACUUGUCGGGAUACAGUUGCAUCUUGGUUUUGAGGACAUCAGCUGGGUUGGUGACCAGAGAAGCUGCUAUGCCGGCGACAAUACCGCAGCUGAAGUGGAUCGCACUGGCGGCACUGGGCGAUUGUAGCCAUUCUGAAAAGAGUAUUUAA